AUGACUACAGCUCCCGGAGCUCACCAUUCUCUCCGCCGAGGCGCCGCUGUAUGGGCCGAUGGGCUCGGCUGCCUCGGCCGCGGGCGCGCCACAACGGGCAAUGUAGCUUUCGGGUCGAACAGACGGCAUGCGUCCUCAUCACAGGGGACAAGGCCACGGACAGCGCUCUUUUUCCCAGGCCAAGGAGUGCAAAAGGUCGGCAUGAUAACACCAUGGCUCGAGGCCUUUCCGCGAACUGCGAAACCUAUUAUUGAGGAAAUCGACCACUACAUGGGCUUCAAGCUCUCCGACGUCAUCGCCGACGGGCCCAGUAAGCUACUGACGAGGACGCCAAACGCGCAGCCGGCCAUCAUGGCGACCUCGAUUCUGAUCCUCCGCAUCCUCGAGCGCGAAUUCGACUUCGACGUGUCGCGGCGCGUUGACGUGACGCUGGGCCACUCUCUAGGGGAGUUCGCCGCGCUGGUGGCGGGCGGGUACGUCGAGUUCGAGGACAGCCUGUACCUCGUCCGGAAGCGGGCCGAGGCCAUGGCGGAGGCGACGCGGCGGGCCGUGGAGGAGUACGGCGGCGAGUACGGCAUGGUGGCCAUCGUCACGGAACCCGAGUAUUUAGGUCCGCUGAUCGCGGCGAUACACGAUUUCGUGGGCCACUCCAGCGCCGGGUCAAAGGGAGAGAGCUCCGAGGACGUGCCGCCGAUCGAGCAGGUGCUCAUCGCCAACGUCAAUAGCAAGAACCAGAUUGUGCUGAGCGGCAAUAUCGAGCGGAUCAAGACGCUGUCGACGCACGUCAGGCAGUUUUUGGGACACGACCCGCGCGCGGUGAGGUUGAAUAGCGACAGCCCAUUUCACAGUCCGCUCAUGAAGCCCGCCGUCGGGGUGAUGCAGAAGAUAUUGUCGAAAAAGAGCCGCGUCAAGGGGCGCGAGGGGGAGGAUAUCAUCACGUUCCCUGGCAGGUUGCCUUGCAUAAGCAACGUGAGCGCGCGGCCUUUCGAGAGCAGGGAGGACGUCAAGGACCUGCUCGCGCGGCAGUGUCUGGAGACGGUGCGGUGGUGGGACAGCAUCAAAUACCUCGACCAGGAGGAGAAGGUGAGGCGCUGGAUCGGCAUCGGGCCGGGCAAGGUCGGCCGUAAUCUCGUCGGCAAAGAGGUCGGUAUGAGGGGCAAGGACUCGGUCAAGGGCGGCGGCGUAUGGGCGAUCACAGACCCAAGCGAGAUUGAGGAGAUGCUAAGAGGGUUGGAGGACACGGAGAAGGUGUCGGAUGAGGAGAUUGAUUGA